UCUGACAUGAUUAAAGCAUGAAGAAACUGAUGUCUUUAGGCCAAAAACUCUGUCCGGGGUCACGGAGUGACCUGGACGUAAAGAAACCAGCUGGAGCCUGCAAUGGUCCAGACCCGCCAGAGGAGAAGAUGAUCAUGAGGAGAGAGAUUUCUCUCACUAAUGGCAUCUGCUUAAUUGUGGGCAACAUGAUUGGCUCAGGCAUUUUCGUUUCGCCCAAGGGUGUGCUGAUGCACAGCGCCUCCUACGGCCUUUCGCUGGUCAUCUGGGCUCUCGGUGGCAUCUUUUCUGUGUUUGGUGCACUGUGUUAUGCAGAACUUGGAACCACUAUUACAAAGUCUGGCGCUAGUUACGUCUACAUCCUGGAGGCUUUUGGGGGUUUCCUUGCUUUCAUUCGUCUGUGGACGUCCAUCCUGCUGGUCGAGCCGGCCAGCCAGGCGGUCAUCUCGCUGACGUUUGCCAACUACCUGGUGGAAGCGUUCUACCCAACCUGUCAGCCUCCGUACGAUGCUGUGAGGCUGAUAGCAGCGGCUUGUCUCUGUAUCCUGAUCUUCAUAAACUGUGCUUAUGUGAAGUGGGGCACUUUGGUUCAAGAUGUUUUCACAUACGCCAAGAUCAUGUCUCUACUCCUCGUCAUCACAAUGGGAAUCAUUAAGAUAAUUAAUGGAGAAACGAAGAACUUCAUUAAUCCAUUCGAGGGUUCCUCCACAGAGGCGGGCAGCAUUGCCCUGGCUCUUUAUUCGGCUCUGUUCUCCUACUCUGGCUGGGACACGCUCAACUUUGUUACUGAGGAGAUCAAGAACCCUGAGAGGAACCUUCCCAUCGCUAUAGCCAUCUCCAUGCCAAUAGUGACAGUCAUCUACAUACUGACCAACGUGGCAUACUACGCUGUUCUGGACAUGCCUUCUUUCAUGGGUAGUGAUGCAGUGGCUGUAACAUUUGGAAAUCAGGUGCUGGGCCCCAUUAGCUGGAUCGUUCCCAUCGCCGUGGCCAUGUCUUGCUAUGGAGGACUCAAUGCCUCCAUCAUUGCUGCCUCCAGGUUGUUUUUUGUGGGGGCAAGAGAAGGCCACCUUCCCAUCAGCUUAAGCCUGAUCCACGCUGAGCGCUACACUCCUGUACCUGCACUCCUCUUCAAUUGCGUGAUGGGUCUGAUCUUCCUGUGUGUGGAGGACGUGUUUCAACUCAUCAACUACUUCAGCUUCAGUUACUGGCUGUAUGUGGGCCUGUCUGUGGCGGGACUCAUUUACCUGCGCAUCACUCAGCCUGACCGACACAGGCCGGUCAAGCUCACAUUGUUCUUUCCCUUCGUCUACUGCCUGUGCAGUGUGUUCCUCGUGAUUGUUCCUCUGUACAGCGACACCAUUAACUCUCUCAUAGGAGUUUCCAUCUCACUGUCUGGAGUGCCGGUUUAUUACCUGUGUAUCUACUUGCCUGCAGAGAAACGUCCAAAAUGGAUUGGUAAACUAAAUGAUGCUGUCACCAAAUACACUCAGAUCAUGUGCUGCUGCUGCUUAACUGACCUGGACGUGGAGCCAGAGAAGUUGGCAGAACCAAAGACUCAAUAACUAUUUCAAGAGGAUGUGCCUGGAGCAUGGAUUCCAUCUCUCAGAAAAAAGACAAACUAUUUAUCAAAAGCAAAUACCUCAUGGAUUUAUAGAGUAUAUCUCAUAGAGAUCAAAUUCUGACGAUAUCUCCAAGAUAACUUUUUUGCUCAGUUUAACUGAAUAGCAAAAUACUGUGUGUAAUUUAUUGUACUGGUGUGUUUCAUCACUGUUCGCCUUUUUUUUUAUUUCAUUUACUCUGUCAAGGUCUAAAUAAAGUUCCUACGCCACUGACUUAAAAAGACUGUACUUAAAGGUACUGGAAGACACUGAACUACUUUUUAGUUUCAGACUUGGAAGGAACACAGGGCCUAGGAGCUGAAUGUACAGGCAAACUGGACAGCAUAUCUUAUCUCAGCCUUUUUGGGACUACAGUAUAGACUCAUGGGACUUUUUUGCAAAAGAAAAUGCACAUUUCUUUUUUGAACUGUUUGUCAGAUGCAGUAAAAAUGGAAGAAUAUUCGAUUUGUGAUUUGUGAAAUUCAAAAAUAAGUGAUUUUGUCAUUUUGAUAUGUGCACUUUUUUUGUAUGAUAACUACAAUUGGUUGGCUGUCUAGUUGAUGUUUUUUAUUCACUUGAAAAAAAAAAGAGAAGAAAACAGGAAGUAUCGCUUAGACGUCACUGAA